AGCUGCUUCCUGGUUUCCAGUCACGUUGGGCUGCACUACAAAUAUCACCCUACUUUCUCCAUAGGUGUACUUUAUAGGGUCAUUAAUACAGCACACCGAGUGCACUAUAUAUCAUGAACUGAGCUUUUUUUUUGUCAUUUGAGACACACACACACACAAGGAGAGAAGACGUUCGUUUGUCCCUUUAACAUGUCCAGUCCAGCCCACGUGUCCAGGGUCCGAGCCUUGUAUAAGAGGAUCCUCAUGCUGCACAGAUUCAUGCCCAUUGAUCUCAGGGUUCUCGGUGAUCAGUACGUCAAGGAUGAAUUCAGAAGACACAAAUCUGCAGCUCCAGAACAAGUCCAGUGCUUCAUGAAGGAAUGGGAGGACUACAAAGACACGCUACAGACGCAGGUGCUCGAGGCUGCAGGAAGCAAAAAGAUGGAGUUCGGGGCCGAACUGUCCGAGCGUCAUCUCAGAGACUUUCAGGAAGAACAGAUCGGGCAGCUUUACGAGCUGAUGCUGGAAUCCACCAAACCCACACGGCAGUUCGACAUCCAGGAGGACGGGCCACCGAAAUGAUCAGACGUCCUACUAUGAUUUACCUACUGUCUGUACAUUAAGAAUUGUAAUAAUAUAAUUAUACAUUACCUUGAUUGCACUGAA